AGUGCGAGGAAUUCAGACUCUAAUCUCGCACAACAAACCGAAAUGAUUUUGGAGGCUCUACUGUGUGUUAUUUUUGUGGUUUUUCUUUUUGGCAAAUUAUGGAAAAUUGUGGACCGUCAAUACUUUAUCUUGAGUCUGUGUAAGAGAAUCCACACAGUAGAUGGCAGUCCGCUGGAAAGCAAGAUUUUUGUAACGCCAACAAAAACUCGAUUUGGCAACAACUUUGACCUGUUGAGCUUUACGCCUGCCACUGUAUUUAACUUUCUGAGGAAUGCAACUGCUAAGGCUGAGGGGCGGAAUUAUUUGUGGUAUUUCUUCAACGCACCCAUGUACAAUGUUGUACGAGCAGAGGAAGCUGAAGAGAUAUUCCAAAAUCCCAAACUAAUCACCAAGAAUAUGAUCUAUGAGCUGCUGAGGCCGUUUUUGGGCGAAGGAUUGCUUAUCAGCACAGAUAAAAAAUGGCACACCAGGCGCAAGACUCUAACUCCUGCCUUCCAUUUCAAUGUCCUGCAGUCUUUCCUGGCCAUAUUCAAAGAAGAGUGUCACAAGCUUGUAAAAGUUCUGAAUCAGAGUGUGGAUAAAGAAUUGGAGCUCAAUCAGGUUAUUCCACAGUUUACGCUAAAUAAUGUUUGCGAGACCGCCUUGGGUGUAAAAUUGGAUGACAUGGCCGAUGGCUUCCGAUAUCGCGAAUCCAUACACGCCAUCGAAGAGGUCAUGCAGCAACGAAUAUGCAAUCCCCUUCUCUACAACCUCGUCUACUUCUACCUCUUUGGGGACUAUAGAAAGCAUGUGGAUAACCUUAAGAUAGCCCACGACUUUUCCAGUCGCAUCAUAGAGAAAAAGAGAGGACUUUUCAAAAGCAAGCAAAUCGGUCAAGUGCAUGAAGAUGUCCUAGGCAAGAAGCAGCGGUAUGCCAUGCUGGACACCUUGUUAGCCGCGGAGGCAGAGGGUAAAAUCGAUCAUCAGGGUAUCUGCGAUGAGGUCAACACCUUCAUGUUCGAGGGUUACGACACCACUUCCACUUGUCUUAUUUUCACCUUCCUCAUGCUGGCCCUGCACCAGGAUGUCCAACAGCGAUGCUACGAGGAGCUGGAGAAUCUGCCCGAGGAUAGUGAUGAGAUCUCGCUGUUCCAAUUCAACGAAAUCGUCUUCUUGGAAUGUGUGAUCAAGGAAUCCCUUAGGAUGUUCCCCUCGGUGCCUCUUAUCGGGCGCAAAUGCAUGGAAGAGUGUGUGGUCAAUGGUUUGAUUAUGCCCAAGGAUACCCAAAUCAACUUGCAAAUCUACGACAUAAUGAGGGAUCCUCGGCACUUUACGAAACCGAAUGACUUCCAACCGGAGCGUUUUCUGCCGGAAAACACAGUAAAUCGUCAUCCCUUCGCAUUUGUGCCUUUUAGUGCCGGUCAAAGGAAUUGCAUUGGACAAAAGUUUGCUAUCCUAGAGAUGAAGGUCCUACUGGCAGCCGUUAUUAGGAACUUUAAGAUUCUACCAGUCACAAUUCUGGAGGACCUGACCUUUGAAACUGGAAUAGUUCUGCGAACGCAUCAGAAUGUCAAGGUGAAGUUGUUAAGAAGGGAAAGCAAAUAAUGGUGGUAAAUUCCAAAUAAAAUUGUUAAAUUGACCAAAUGUACCAAAUAUAUCCAAUUUUCAGGGAA